UUGCAAAUGAAUGAAUGGACGCCGAGGCCUCCGCCCUGCGAACAAGCCGGUGGGCUUUGAGUCGAUUCUUGAUUUGAAAGGAAAGAGAGGGAAAAAAGCUCUUUUUUUGGCUGGCUGUGCCCACAGCAUCUGCAAGUCUUCCCGGCUCUCCUGCGUGGGGGUACCGAGGGACCCCACCCCAAGUGCCUGAGCCCCGGGGUCCACCUCCUGACUGCUCUGGGGGACCCCUGCCCACCCUGAGGGAGAAAGAAUGGAAGAACCAAGGUGGGUGUGGCAGGUAGGUAGCUGAAAUUUCUUUUUAAAUUUUCCUUGGAAAGGUAGAUUUCCGGAGAGGGAAAGUUCUCUGUGGAGGGGCGGCCGGCGCGCCCGACGCCCGCGCGUGGUGCCGGCCACCAUGGCCUCCAAGCGGAUCGCCCAGGAGACGUUUGACGCCGCCGUGCGUGAAAACAUCCAGGAAUUCGAGAUGGAGCCGGAGGAGGCCGUGAGGGAGGCGGUGGAGCAGUUCGAAUCCCAAGGGGUGGACCUGAGCAACAUUGUGAAGGUGGCGCCCAAGGUGUCAGCGGACGGGCUCACGGAACCCACCCACGAUGUCCUGAAGGCCCUGGACGACCUGCAGGAGUCGGUGACCCUCUCGCGGCCACAGGAGGCGGCAGCCCAGCUCGCCCGUUUCUGUGAGCACUGCAGAGCGCACAAGGGUAGCCACUUCUUGGCAGCCCAGCACGGGGCGUACCCCGUCAUCCUGGCCGCCUGGAAGCUGGCUGCCGGCGACCCCGGCCUCGUGCUCCCGGCCCUCAACGCCCUCUCGUCCCUGACCGACGGCCAGCCCGACCUGCUGGACCCCCAGGGUCUGCAGCUGCUGGUGACCACGCUGGCCCGGCACGCCGACGCGGCCGACCUGACGUGCUCCGGGCUCCGCUGCGUGCGCCACGCCUGCCUCAAACACGAGCACAACCGGCAGGGCCUGGUGAAGGCCGGCGUGCUGCCCCUGCUCACCGAGGCCGUCGCCCGGCACGGCCGCCACGCCGACGUGGUCAGGGAGGCCUGCUGGGCCCUGCGUGUCAUGACCUUCGACGACGACAUCCGGGUGCCCUUCGGCCACGCCCACGACCACGCCAAGAUGAUCGUGCAGGAGAACCAGGGCUUGAAGGUCCUCAUCGAGGCCGCUAAAGCGUUCCCUGACAACCCUGGCGUCCUGGGCGAGCUGUGCAGUACCCUGGCCCGCCUGGCCGUCCGCAACGAGUUCUGCCAGGAGAUCGUGGACCUCGGGGGCCUGGCCGUGCUGGUCACCCUGCUGGCCAACUGCAGCGAGCACCAGGUGGGGCCUCCCCCUGACCGCGCCCUGGCCUGUGCGCAGGACCUGGUGAAGCAGGUGCUGAGUGCACUGCGGGCCAUUGCGGGCAACGAUGACGUGAAGGACGCCAUUGUCCGUGCGGGCGGCACCGACUCCAUCGUGGCUGCCAUGACCCGGCACCUGGCCAGCCCCCAGGUGUGUGAGCAGAGCUGUGCGGCCCUGUGCGUCCUGGCCCUGCGCAAGCCGGAGAACUGUCGGGUCAUUGUGGAGGGCGGCGGGGCCCUGGCGGCCCUGCGGGCCAUGAAGACGCACCCCCAGGAGGUCGGCGUGCAGAAACAGGCCUGUAUGCUGAUCCGCAACCUGGUGGCCCGCAGCCAGGCCUUCUGCAAGCCCAUCCUGGAGCUGGGCGCCGAGGCUCUCAUCGCGCAGGCCCGGGCGGCCCACCGUGACUGCGAGGACGUGGCCAAGGCCGCCCUGCGGGACCUGGGCUGCCGCGUGGAGCUGCGCGAGCUGUGGACCGGCCAGAAGGGGGACCUGGCGCAGUGACCGGCGCCACCCCCAACCCCAGCCCCGACCCUGGCUCGGGGUGGGACCACAAGGGAUCCACUAACUCUGCCCCUUGCGUGGCGCAAGGUGCCCUGGCAGGAAGCAGGUAACAGCAUUUUGGGGGCGUCUCUGGGGCGGAAGCAGCCACCCACCUCCUCCCCCAGGGCCCUGCUCCUCCUUUUCUGCAGGCAGAGGGCACCCCCGCCGCUGCCCUGCCACUCUACCGAGUUCAGCCUGUUGUGGGCCAGUCUUGGAGCAGGGCCGGCUGGCCGGCUGGCUGGACUGGGGUCCCGGCACCUGCUCCCCACACAGCCAUUCAGACCUCCACGCCUCUCCGGCACACGGGUUGUUGUGCCGGCCAGGAAACCAGGCACACGGGCUGUGUGUUUCUGGGGACCAGGCAGGCCGCAGGGCCUGAUAAUAAAAGACCACAGGAUGGA